AUGUCUAAGAAUGAGCAUUCAGCGGCUGACCACGGCUCCUUUGCAACCAACAACUCUCUACCCCCCGGUAGCACGCGUUCGUCAUCCAUUACAAUAAUUCCCAGCACCCCAAAGCCCAGCGGUUCGCGCCAUAGCAUUCCCUCGCGUCUGAGCAUCGACAGCACCCCUCUCCCAUCCAGAGAUGACUUGCAAGUUUCGCCUACCACGUCGACCGUCGCUUCUCGAGGCUACAUGUCGCCAUCCUACACCAACUCCAAUCUCUCCCAUAACGAGCGCCGACACGGCGACUUCAACAACUAUCGCCGCGAUCUAGCCAUUCUCGACCAACCCCGACCUAGCAAUUCAUCCUCCAACACCGGUGCGCCGCCCACCCAUAUUGCGCCGUGGAUGUCUCACAGCAACUCGGCGCCGGGUGGCCACGCCAGCCCGCUUCCCAUGAGCUUUUACAACGAUUCCACCGAUAGUCUUUCCGUUGCUUCCCACCAAGCCUCGCCAUCUCUACCUCCAUCGGCAUCCCGCACAGGCCAGCUGUCAGUUCACAACGACGCGACCGAUGCUAUCUACUAUAAUCAUGAUGGAAGGAGACCGUCCGCUGCUAGCGUGGCGACUACGGCCAGCAGCCAAGGAUCCAAGGCUAGCGUCCCACGGGGCGGAUUUCGUAAGCUCCAGGGCUUCUUCGGCGAAGAGUUCCCUGGCCGCGAUAGUUCAGAGAGCAGCUUGCCGGGGUCAAUAGGAAAAGAUCAACGCUCCCGCUCGUAUAGCCACACUCGCCCUGGCCAGGAGCGCCAUCAUUCAAACGCGACCGACAGAGAAGCCUCACCAGCCUCAUCCAGGCCUAGAACCCCCGUGCCCGCCCCUGAGGUAGUACCGUUUCUUUAUCAAGACAACACGGACAUUGCGCGGUAUGGCGAGGCUCCCGUGAGGGAUACUAUGACGGGUCCCGAUCGAGAGCGAUAUAUCAACGAAGGCUCAUCCCGCGAACCCCCACCCAAAUCCUCCUCCUCCGCCAGAUCUGGUCACUCGAUAUUGCCAGGCCACCACCACCAUCACAACCACCAUCAUCGACAUAAUAAGAGUAACGAUGAUCCCCGCACACUGAGACCGACCACCAGCCGAGAAGACUCUGCUGCUAGCUUGCAGCACCCCCGCGACCGCGGAAUGGCCGCGACCAUGUACAAGACGAAAUCGAGGGCCCAGAGCCCGACCCCCAGCACCAGCAGUGUCCCCGCCUCCCGCACCGGCCAGACAGACGGCCAUGCAUCUCCCGGCCAUGCCAAACGCGGCCUGUUGGGACGCCUCCGGCGACAUAAAGAUAGAGACGAUAAUGGCUCGAGGCUCCGAGAGUUGCCUCAAUCUACAAAGUCCCUCUCCAACAAGCUCUCUAAAGCCGACUUUUCUCGAACCGAGACGCCCUCACCAACCCCCCCGGAGUGGAGCGCUGGCACGCCGGAUAUUGCCCCCCCUCGAUCGACUACAUUUAAUAAUAAAUUCCCCUUCUCAAAGAAAAGUCGGAACUUUAGGCAACCCGACUACCAGGACGAGGCGAUUGGCCCAACUGAACAUCGGGCUGCCGGCCACGUCUAUCAUCUCGACACGAAUCUCAACGACAUGGAAGGCAUUCUGACGAAACCACCUCCCUUGACACCAUUAGAUUCGUCGUUUCUGAAGAGCUUGGAAGGAGAUAUCGAUACUGAUCCCCCUGACCCUAAGGGGCAGUGGGAUGCACCCGACAGUUGGGCGGUGCGCCGCAACACGGAAGAUCAAACUGAGGAGGCGCCUGAAGCGGAGGAGGCUGUCUGCCCGCCCCAUCCCGAAGAAAAGCUAUCGCCAUACUGCAUCCGCAUCUUCCGGUCCGACGGUACUUUUUUGACGCAUGCGAUGCCGCUCGACUCUACUGUCACCGAUGUCAUUACGCAAGUCAUGAAGAAGACAUACGUUGUCGACGGCCUCGAAAACUAUAAUAUUAUAAUGAAGAAACAUGAUCUGAUUCGCGUGUUGACGCCGCAAGACAGACCGCUACUAAUACAAAAGCGACUAUUCCAGCAGGUUGGUUACGAAGAGAAGGAUAGAAUCGAGGAUCUCGGCCGCGAGGACAAUGGCUAUCUUUGCCGGUUCAUGUUCCUUUCAGCGCGUGAAAGCGACUUCCAUGCCAGAACCAUGGAUCUUGGCAUGACGCAACAGCAAAAGCUCAACUAUGUCGACCUGUCUGCCCGCAACCUCGUCACCAUUCCCAUUUCACUUUACCUCAAGGCAGCCGACAUCAUUUCCCUUAACCUGUCGCGCAACCUGUCUCUAGAUGUACCGCGGGAUUUCAUUCAGUCAUGCAAGCAACUACGGGACAUCAAGUUCAACAACAACGAAGCGAGAAAACUGCCACUCAGCCUCUGCCGAGCGGCCAAGCUCACCUAUCUCGACGUAUCCAACAAUCGCGUCGAGCAACUCGACAAUGCCGAGCUGGAUACGUUGACGGGACUGUUGAAGAUGAACCUCGCCAACAACCGACUGACGCAUAUUCCGCCGUACUUCAACGCUUACCAAGCCCUCCGAACGCUCAACAUAUCUUCCAACUUCUUGGACACCUUCCCGACCUUUAUUUGCGAAUUGCAGAGCUUAGUCGACUUGGAUCUCAGUUUUAAUUCUAUUGGCGAACUGCCUGACGAGAUUGGACAGCUCAAGAAUCUUGAGAAGCUACUGAUUACCAAUAAUCGGCUUGGCAGCGAGAUGCCCGAGACAUUCCGCGAUCUGAUCAGUCUGCGUGAACUUGACAUCAAGUAUAACCACAUCACCAACAUUGACGUCAUAUCGGAACUGCCGAAACUCGAAAUUCUGCACGCUGCGCACAACCAGAUCUCAUCCUUCGUUGGUGGUUUCGAGCGCAUCCGUCUACUUAAGCUCAACUCGAAUCCUCUGAACAAGUUUGAGAUUAUUGCGCCUGUACCGACUCUCAAAACCCUCAACCUCUCCCACGCUCAACUCGCAAGCAUCGACUCGGCCUUUGCGCACAUGACGAACCUCGAGCGAUUGGUACUCGACAAGAACUAUUUCGUGUCGUUGCCACAGCAGCUAGGGGCAUUGAGUCGGCUGGAGCAUUUCAGCAUCGCCAACAACUCUGUUGGCGAACUGCCACCGCAAAUUGGGUGCCUAACAGAACUCAGGGUAUUGGAUGUGCGAGGAAACAACAUUUCGAAAUUGCCAAUGGAGAUUUGGUGGGCCAACAAGCUUGAAAUUCUCAAUGCAUCGUCCAACGUUCUCGACAACUUUCCAAAACCGGCGUCUCGGCCGCCGCGCGUUCCUGGCGAGGACUCGGCAGGCCCCCCUCCCUCGCAAAACGGCAGAACAGGCCCUCUCGUGCCCUUGUCAUCAACACCGAGCACAGAAGAGCUUGUGGAGGAUCGGCGCCCGAGUCAAGCAUCCAGCACUUUGCUGAGUGUUGGUCCUUCUCCAGCUCCUCAGAACGGCGCCGACCGGAAGAGCUCUGUUGUAUCUGUGUAUGGCAAGGGCGGGCGUAAAACGUCCGUUGUCUCACGAACAGCCUCCCAGACUACCUCAUCGACCGUCACGCCUCCGCCGUCCACCUCUAGAAAAGACUCUGGGCUCUCGUCGAGGUUUACGAAUACAUUUGCAGGCUCGCUGCGUAAUCUGUCGCUUGCUGACAAUCGAUUGGAUGACGAUGUUUUCGACCAAAUCACGAUGCUGACUGAGCUUCGGGUCCUCAACCUAUCUUACAACGAAGAGAUUGGUGAUAUGCCUCAACGAUCCAUCAAGAGCUGGCCGCAACUCGUGGAGCUGUAUCUCUCCGGCAAUGGCUUGACAACGUUGCCAGCAGAUGAUCUAGAGGAAACCAGCUUGCUUCAGGCACUGUACAUAAACGGAAACAAGUUUACCAACCUACCGGCAGACAUUUCCCGGGCCAAGAAGCUGGCCGUCCUCGACUGUGGCAACAACUCGCUCAAGUACAACAUCUCCAACGUUCCAUACGACUGGAAUUGGAACUUGAACCCGAAUCUGAGAUAUCUCAACCUCUCUGGCAACAAGCGACUCGAAAUCAAGCAAAGCGCCUGGGGUCCCGGCGGCCCUGGGGCGGUGAACCGUGAGGAGUACACCGACUUCAGCAGACUCCUCAACCUCCGAGUCCUGGGAUUGAUGGAUGUGACGCUCACACAGCCAAGCAUUCCCGACCAGAGCGAAGAUAAACGAGUGCGUACCUCUGGUUCGCUGGCUGGCCACCUCCCCUACGGCAUGGCGGAUACCCUCGGCAAGAACGAGCAUCUGUCGACUGUGGACUUGGUUGUGCCGCGAUUCAACUCUUCGGAUACGGAAAUGCUUCUGGGCUUGUUCGAUGGCCAAGCACUCUCUAGUGGCGGAUCAAAGAUAGCCAAGUAUUUGCAUGAGAAUUUCGGCCAUAUCUUUGCCAUGGAGCUGAAGGCCCUGAAGACGCGCAAGAACGAGACUCCGGUUGACGCCCUGCGCCGAGCGUUCCUUUCGCUCAAUAAGGAUCUUGUCUCGAUUGCUGUGCAGCACGCCGAAGAUCGUCCUAAGAAGUCCCACAGGGGCUCUGCACAGCCGGUCGUUCUCAGCAAGGAAGACCUCAACUCUGGUGGCGUUGCUACAGUACUGUAUCUGCAAGGCAUGGAUCUCUACGUUGCCAAUAUUGGCAAUGCACAAGCAAUGGUUAUCCAGACCGAUGGCAAGCACCAGAUUCUUACACACAAACACGAUCCUGCUGAGCCAAGUGAGCGUUCCCGCAUUCGCGAAGCUGGUGGCUGGGUUUCUCGCAAUGGUCGCCUCAAUGACUUGCUGGAAGUGUCUCGCGCAUUCGGCUAUGUAGACUUGAUGCCUGCUGUCCAAGCCGCGCCACAUGUCCGUCAAAUGACCAUUCAAGAGCACGAUGAGAUUAUCCUCAUUGCCACCAGCGAGCUCUGGGAGUAUCUCUCUCCUGGAUUGAUCACCGAUGUUGCUCGAUCUGAACGCCAAGACCUGAUGCGUGCUGCCCAGAAGUUGCGAGAUUUGGCCAUGGCUUAUGGCUCUUCCGGCAAGAUUAUGGUCAUGAUGAUCAGCAUUGCCGACUUGAAGCGCAGAAUGGAGCGAUCAAGACUGCACCGUGGCACCAGCAUGUCGCUCUACCCAUCCGGUGUUCCCGAUGAUGCGCAGGUCCCGAGAAGAGGCCGCAAGACCAAGGGAGAUGUGCUUGACUCAUCACUCAACCGUCUGGAAGCUGAAAUUCCUGCACCAACUGGCAAUGUCUCCAUUGUGUUUACCGAUAUCAAGAACUCCACCACUCUUUGGGAAAUGUACCCCAGCGCCAUGCGAUCGGCUAUCAAGCUUCACAACGAAGUCAUGCGACGACAGCUGCGGCGCAUUGGUGGUUAUGAAGUUAAAACGGAAGGUGAUGCUUUUAUGGUGUCUUUCCCAACCGCCACGUCUGCGUUGCUGUGGUGCUUUGCCGUGCAAAACGAGCUCCUGGUGGUUACUUGGCCAUCUGAGAUUCUCAGCUCCGUAUCUGGGCAGGUGAUAUACGAUAAGGAUAACACUCUCAUCUUCAAGGGCCUGUCAGUACGCAUGGGUAUUCACUUUGGUGACUGUGUGAGCGAGACUGAUCCGGUCACCCGUCGCAUGGACUAUUUCGGCCCCAUGGUCAACAAGGCGUCCCGUAUCUCAGCCGUGGCUGACGGUGGCCAGAUCACCGUAUCCUCGGACUUUAUUUCCGAGAUUCAGCGAUGCCUGGAAAACUAUCAAGAUACGGACCGUUCCGGAUCUGCAGGAUCAGAAGAAGGAUACGAUGACGAAUCAUACGCCAGUGCUAUCCGCAAGGAUCUUCGCAGCCUUACGUCGCAAGGGUUCGAGGUUAAGGAGAUGGGCGAGAAGAAGCUCAAGGGACUCGAGAACCCCGAGAUUGUCUACUCACUGUACCCUCAUGCACUGGCCGGCCGCACCGAGUUUCACGCACAACAUGAGCGGCGUGAUGAGCUUGAGAAGCCGGCCACUAUGGCUCCCAGCAGCGAGCUCUCCUUUGACCCCGAAAAUAUCUGGGCACUCUGGAAGAUUAGCUUGCGUCUGGAGAUGCUGUGUAGUACGCUGGAAGAGGUGCGCGGCCCUGGCCUGCAGCCCCCCGAAACGGAGAUGAUAGAACGUAUGAAGUCGCAUGGGGGCGAGGUGACGGAACGGUUCCUCGUCAACUUUAUGGAGCACCAGGUCAGCAGGAUCGAGACGUGCGUGUCUACGCUGGCGAUGCGCCAUCUCGCCAAGGGCAGCAUUGUGCUGAAGGAGCUCAACGAACUGAGGGCGCCCAUGGCGGCCAUCUUUGAGCACUUUAAGCAGCAACAAGACGAGCUUGCGCGGUACAAGGCUCUCUACGGGCCGCUUCCCGACCAGAAUAUGAAGCAGAUUGAAGGCGGCCCGAACUAA